AUGACGCUUGGCGCCGUGGCCGACGACAUGGAGGCCGGCGGUGGUGAGCACAACGGGAGGCGCGCGCGGUUCACGGAGGACUGGUGCUGCUGCGCCUGCGCGGGGCUCUUCCUGGGGCCCAACCCGAUGAUGGCGCGCUACCUGUACGCGCUCAUCUUCCUCGUCACCAACCUCCUCGCCUGGACCCUCCGCGACUACGGCAACUCCGCGCUCGCCGAGCUCCAGCGGCUCAAGGUCUGCCAGGGCGCGCGCUACUGCCUGGGCGCCGAGGGCGUGCUGCGGAUCAGCCUCGGCUGCUUCCUCUUCUUCUUCGUCAUGUUCCUGUCCACCGUGAACACGCGGAAGGUGCACGACUUCCGGAACUCGUGGCACUCCGAGUGGUGGCCGGCCAAGCUCGUCCUCUGGCUCGGCCUCACCGCCGUCACCUUCCUCGCGCCGUCGCCGCUCGUCCAGCUCUAUGGGAAGGUGGCGCAUUUCGGAGCAGGGGCGUUCCUGGUGAUCCAGCUCAUCAGCGUCACCAGGUUCAUCAUGUGGCUCAACGACUGGUGCCGGUCAGAGAUCACCCAGAAGAGAUGCCACUUGCAGAUUCAGGUGGUGUCCAUCGUCACGUACGUGGGGUCGCUGCUGGGGAUCGUGCUCAUGUACGUGUGGUACGCGCCAAGCCCGUCCUGCAAGCUCAACAUCCUCUUCAUCACCGUCACGCUGGUGCUCGUGCAGCUCAUGACCUUCGUCUCCAUGAGCUCCAAGGUGAAGGCAGGGUACCUGGCGCCGGGGCUGAUGGGGAUCUACGUCGUGUUCCUGUGCUGGUCAGCGAUCAGAAGUGAGCCGCACACGGAGGUUUGCAACAGGAAGGCGGCAGUUGCCACGAGCGCAGACUGGGUGAACAUCGCGAGCUUUGUGAUCGCCGUCAUCGUCAUCGUGGCGGCGACCUUCUCGACGGGAAUCGACUCCAAGUGCAUCCAGUUCAAGCAGGCGGAGGGGGAGUCGGAGGAGGACGACAUCCCCUACGGCUUCGGCUUCUUCCACCUGGUGUUCGCCAUGGGCGCCAUGUACUUCGCCAUGAUCUUCGUCGGCUGGAACGCGAGCCACACCAUGGAGAGGUGGACGAUCGACGUCGGGUGGGCGAGCACGUGGGUUCGUAUCGGCAACGAGUGGCUGGCGGCAAUCGUUUACAUAUGGAUGAUGAUCGCGCCCGUCAUCUGGAGGACAAGGCAGAAAACGAACCGAACUCCUAGUUUGUGGGCUGAAUGCUGGUUGAUUGGACCGAGCUCCAACUUAGUGGGCCAAAACUUGAACUUCAUGGGCCAAAAACUGGUUGAAUGGGACAAAAAGAACAACAGGGGAGGGAAGAUAAUGGAUCAUAUUGAUGAAUCAAGUGCUGUCGAGGAUUUUGAUAAUCGACCCUCAAAGAAAAUUAAAUGUUCUGAACCAGAAUUUUUGGAUUCAGAUAGAAAGUUGAAUAGUGAUCCAAUACCUUCACCUGCAUCUCCAAGCAUCCAGAAAUUAUCUCCAAUUAUUGAAUUGGAAGAUAAGCAAGCGUGUGAAAUAGAUGAUGAUCAGCAAUUACAAGAAGACAAACAGAUCAAAGUUGAUACAUAUUAUGUCCCACAAGAUAAGCAGAUGGCAGAAUUAAUAGAUGAUGAAAAACAGUUAGAGGAGUAUAAACAGAACAAAGUUUCUACAUAUGACUAUCUCCCACAAGAUUAUACAAUGACCAAUCUGGACAUAUGUGCUCAAAUAAUGAUUGAAACAUCUUUUGAAAACGAUAUACUGGUGAAGAUGGAUGAAAUAUGUGUUAAACAACAUCAAUUAUUGUGCCUCCUAGACCAAAGCCAAUGGUUAAACGAUGAUGUAAUCAGCGCAUAUAUAUGUUGUAUAAGGGAUCAACUUCAUAUGCAAAACAUGGAUGAUGCUAAAAUAUGUUUGGAGAACCCCUUUAUCACUGGACUGUUAAAAAGGGAUGGCAACAUUGGAGUACAUGAAGAUGGUAAUUUUAUUACGGAGAUUGUCAGAAACUAUCUUAAGCAUGAAAUGAUUUUGCUUCCAGUAAAUAUCAAAGACACACAUUGGUAUUUAGCUGUCAUCAAUUCACAAAAGUAUGAGAUACAAGUACUUGACUCUUUGUGUUGGGAAUUCAACCGUGCCGACCUCACUAUUAUGCUACAAGGGUUGCAGUAUCAUUUGGACAUUCUUGAAAGUCAAAAAAACUUGAGAAACCAUAAUUGGAAAGAUCUCCAAGUUACUAAAUGGCCUGUCACAGAACAACUACGCGAACCAAUUAAAAAAGACAGGUAG